AUGAUUUUGCAUUGUUUUACAAGUUUAUUGCAAGGUUGUUGCGUAUCGCCCAGUUCAUUACUAUGGAUGAUUAUCACACUAUUUAUAUUUUUUAUCACUUUUGCCAUUUUGGGCUUAUUAGCAAUUUGGCUUCUUUGCGCUUAUUAUCGAAGAAAAUCAAGGAAGCAAGUCGAGAAGGAAUUACAGCGUCGUCGAGAUGACGAAAAUCAGUUAAAACUUGAUAUGUUCCGAAAAAAGCAACUUGACUUACAAAUGCUUACAGCAAUGAGGAGUGCCAGAAUUGGUCCCAAAGAUUUGCUUUGUUCCCAGGAAGCGUUAAAUCCUCGAAUGUCGUAUGUGCCAUAUAUUCAAUCACCAAAUUCUGAGCAAUAUCCAAAAUUGCUCAAUUCCACUCUAUAUGAAAAGUCUUCACCGUUCCAGUCAGUUCCAUCAACCAUACCAAACGCAGGAAAGAAUAAAAUUUCAAAAGAAACUGAGAAUUUACAAUUUUUGCGCACUGCAACAGCAAAAACACCAUCACAGAAAACGAAAAAAGAUGGAAAAGUCCUAACUGAGAAAGAUUCUCAGAAAACUAACAGAGUUAAAGUAAAAAAUGAUGAAAAGCCUCAGAUUCAGCAAUAUGAGACUGACAUUUCCGUUUCUAACAAUAAUCGAUCAGCUAAACGGAAACGAAAGAAGAAACGGAAAUCCAAAACGAAGGAGAAAAGAAGCACUGGAAAAUUUGAUGAUCAAAAAUAUCCUCAGAUAACAUCAACACCAAUACCAGAGCGAUAUCAGCAUCAAAUUCCGCCUGAUAAUGUUCAUGAAUGGAUUUAUCGUAUUGCUCGUUCAGCAAAAUCAAUUCCAUAUUUUUCACCAAACAAACGAGUUCUUCUCAUUCCUGAAUUAUCCACAGAAGAUUCGGGUGAUAGAAAUGAUGAAGAAAAUGGGCGAAAUAAUGAUGCAACUGGAACCAAUACAUCGGAACAAUCGACAAAUUUUCCAUCGUACACUAAUGAAGGAGAGGUUGAAACGGACGUAGAGAUGUCAACCGAAACAAAGGAACAAAGUACGCCAAUGACGCCAACAUUCCCAACAUCAAUCUCUGCCUCGAUUAAUGCACCACCAAAUUGUGCGGAAAAUACAAUUGAGAGACCAAAAGAAAAAGUAUUGUGGAAUCCACCGGAUAAACGAGCUGAAGCACGGCUUAAUCGAACUCUUGAGAAUCCAUGGCUUUAUACAGUGCCAGCUGUUCAUUCCAGAAUGUCUUAUAGCAGAGCGGAACAGCCAGUCGAUGAUAUCCGGUAUCAGCCAUGA